AUGGAACCUGCGAUUUCAUCGGCGUCACCAGACACUUGCCCCUCGGACGAGGUCGCAAUAUCACUAGUUGAGCAAUACUUUAACAGUCUCUAUCCCCUUUCCUCCUACAAUUUCCUUCACAAGGCUACCGUCGUCCAGCGAUGUCGUGAUAAAACCAUCGACAAGGCACUAAAGCUUGCCAUUUGCGCUAUUACAGCCAUAUAUUUCUCCAAACUUGGGGCUGAGCGCGAUGCAUGGACCCGGGAGUCAGAACGCCUAAUCCUCGAUCGCCUCGAACGACCCUCGAUUUUCCAGCUCCAGGCUUCCCUGCUCGUCACUCGCUAUCGAGUCAGCAUGGGACAGCUCUCGCGGACUUUCAUGAUGGCUGGCCUCGCCGGACGGUGGGCAGCGGCCCUGCGCCUCAACUACGAACACUCAGGCCUAAGACCGGCUGCCCAGGAGGUUAGGAGAAGAACUUUCUGGUCGUUGUACCUACUUGAUGAGAAUUUCUCUUCGGAAUCGAAGGGCUAUGAGCUGUUUCACCCGGACACUAUCCAUCUUCAAUUACCUUGUGAGGAGAUCGACUUUACCGAGGAACGGCUGGUAAACACUGGAUAUCAACGCUCCGAUAAGGGAUUGGAGCCUCGAGCCAUAGGCCUUCAUGCAGCUUUUGCAAAGCUUACGUUUAUUCGGCGGCGUAUUAGAAUAUUAAAUCGACGCCUGUUUCUUAAAGAAAUUAAUAUUUUCGACCUGCUUUGUUCUAUAGAAGAAUUCGAAAACGACCUGCUUCGACUCCGAUCUUGGCUUGCGCCCUCUGGCCAGUACCCACCCUCAGACCCCAUAAAGCUCUAUAGAUCACCGCAGCAUGCAAGCUUGCACCUCAGCUGGCAUCAAUGCUAUUGUGACCUCUAUGGUAUUUUCCUCACCCAAUAUCCUGGGCUCUCUCCCUAUCUUGGCACAGAAGGGAUAACACCUACCAAGCUAGCUUUAAUGAAGGACAAGUGCUUUGGACACACAGAAGAGAUCGUGGAAAUCCUAUCGAGCAUUAUUCAGCAGAAGGACGAAGGGAACAUACUGGAGUUUGAUGUCGCGGUAUGUGCCUACCAUAGCGCGCGCCUGAUCUUAUUCGGCACUUGCACAGGGGGGUAUAAUACUGGGUUACCGAUGCAGAUGGCCAUCGACAAGGCACAGCUAUGCUUGGAUGUGAUCACCCAAUGCUUUGGCUUCGCAUCCCACGUAGAGCCCAUACGCCAGGACCUUGAACGGCUAAUCCGCCAACAUAGACUUUGGCUCGAGUCACCGGGUCGCCGGGACGUUGCAGCAGCGGACGUAAAUCCUUGGCGACCAUCCCAAACCUCGACAGCUGCCUACAUCCGAGAACGCCUCGCCAUACAUAAUCUCCUAAGACAGUCGGACAAUGAUGAGGAUGGCUGCGAUGCCAGCAGACCUAAUGAAGGAUGCUAG